GCGGCUCUCAGUCGGUUUACUUUCUUAAUAUUUGUCUUUAUUGUUAAUAUUGUUUCGGAGAAGAAAGAAUACUUCGUUAUUUAUCUGUGGUGUAUUGAUAGUCGUGAUGAUAAAAAUGUAAAAAAAAAAAAAAAAAAAUAACCACCAAUGUGAUCUGCCGUUUUAUCUGUCACUAUAUAUCAUCGUAUUAAGUUAUACAAAAGGACAAUUUUCUCGCUUGCUUCUUUUGUUAUCAUAUUUUUUUUUCAUAAAGAAAAUUUCUCAUCUACGUAUAUAUAUAUAUAUAUCUAUAUUUAUAUAUUAUAUUCUGUUGAAAUCUGCUUUUAUUUAACUAUUUCAAUAAUAAUAAUAGUAAUAGAAUUAUAACUGCGUGUUAUUGGUUUUUUUUCACAAUCAUCGAUAAUACAUUAAAUACGACUGGAGACGUGGUAAGUCAAAAGUUACUGUACACCGGUUUUUUCUAUAGACGGCUAGUCGUUUUUAAAAAUAUAUGUUUUCAGUGCGAUCGAAAAUUACCGCGUAAGGUUAGAUUUCAAUUGUAAAUCAGUUUCCGUUUAAUUUUGACAUUAAAUAUAUUUUUUCGAAGUUACCACGUGUGGAAGGUACGUCUUUAAACAUUAACGAUACUAAUAUGUAAUGAUAUCAUAUUGUUAUUGUCGUAAUUUUAUUACACUUCACUAGGUAGUGUUGGAUUUUUUAUUUAUUUACUUUUUUCACUUGUUCUUUUACUCUCAGUGACCGCGAGUGAAAGUGAACGUGUAUGCGGCGCGUGUGAGAUAGAAAAUUUAUUAAUAAUAAUACUACUACUACUACUAUUACUACUACCUACUACUACUAAUAAUAAUAAAAAUAUAACAACAACGACGACUGAGCGGUGCGCGUACAGAAAGAAAGUGGAUACGCUCGUUCCGUGACAUUGUAUAUACGCGCAGGAAUCCAAGGUAAACUGCUGCUGUUACUCCUGUUAUCGAAGUGAUAGUUUUUCGAGCGAUAUACGCGCGAAUACAAUUAUUAUUAUUAUAUUAUUAUUAUUAUUAUUACUAUUACUAUUACUAUUUGCUCGGGCCAAGCCCUAUUCGCCGUAUUAUAUACACACACACGCACACGCGUACGCGCCGACUUCGCACACACGCGGGUGAAAGAAGAAAGUGGCGGACAUUCGAGUGUAAGAUUCGUGGCGCGCAUUCCUCCGAUAUUCGUCGGCCGCCGUCAAAACCGUCAUUCGUCAUCGUCUUCACAUCAGUCAUCGCCGUUGUCACCGCAUCAUCAUCGUCAUCAUCGUCAUCAACAUCAUCAUCAUCAUCAUCAUAAUCGUCGGAUGUUACGCAACAACAGCGAUUGUAUAGUAAUCGUCGUGUUUCACCGCGGCCUUACGGGUCAAUGUCGUAUCGCCGAAACGCCACCGAAACACCAUCACGGCAUCAACAACUUCGUCGGAUCGUCAUCAUCAUCGUUUUGACGACGUUAUAGUGCGCUUUAGUAUCGCGGACACACCCGAGCAGACGACUGCAAUAUAACACAUAUAGUCUUAUCGUUGACAUACGCGUAUAACGAUAAAAAUCGCGCGUUGAUCACGAGCAGCGCGUUGCCAUGAGGUCACACUCCAUAAUCGUCAGUGUCAUAGUGAUGCAGUUGUACUGCAGCGGCGCGUCGUCCACCGCCGUCGAAUCGCCCGACGACGCGUAUCAAGCGCCGUCGGCCGUCCGGUCCGGCGGCCGGCAACGUCAGCGGAUAACCCGCGAUACGGACGGAGGCGGAGGAGCCGACGACGACAGGUCGGACGCGUACGACGGUCUCCGUCGCACGGUGUACCAUCACGUCAGCGACGGCACGUCUUCGUCGGCGACCGACGGGGGCGGCGGCUGGAUAAUCGGCGGCAGCCGCCGACGGGCGUCCGUGGCCGCGCACAAAUACCACCAGGACAAAGUGGCGUUCGCGGGCGAGACGGACGACAAGCGGCGCGCGCCGGCCGACGACAAGCUGCAGCAACAGUGGCCGGCGGCGGGCGUCGGGUCGGACGCCGCGUCGUCGCUGUCCGAGGUGCAGGUGGUCGUGCACCAGCCGCCGCCGCCGCACCACAACUCGGUGGCGGACGGCGACCACCAUCAGCAACCGUCGUCCGACGCGGCGUCCAAGUGGUACUCGAAGCGGCUGUCUUACGCGACCAAGACGUCUCCGGCCGUCGCGUCCGCCACCGCGCCGCCGUCGCUGCUGUCGUUGCAGCAGCAGCAGCAGCCAGACGCCGUGGGAAGCAACGCCGUGCUGUUGGCCGAAGUGCUCGGCCAAAAGUCCGGUUUCAACACUACCGCCGGCAAAGGCGGUUACUACGGCGCGCCGCCAACCGUCACCGGUUCCAAAGGCUUUCAGAACGAUCUCAUGGACAUGUUGGGUAAAAUGAUACCUCAGACUUGCUGGUAUAACAGUAACAAAUUCGAUUGCGGGCUUAGUAUUUCGUGCGUGCUCGAGGGUGGCAAACCAGUGGACUUGUGCAGCGGUGGUAUGAUAUGGAGCUGUUGCGUGUCCAGAGACAAAAUCCAGACAUCCGGAUCUUCUUCGUCGUCGUCAUCAUCGUCGUCAUCGUCCGUGACGGCAGCGUCGAAUUCGGUGGGAACAAUAGAAAAUGCCACCAUACAGUUCCUGAUGCAAUACCCCGAAUUCCAACACCACUACAACAUGUAUAUGCACCAACAACAUCAGUAUCAGCAUCUGCAGCAACAGCAACUGCAACUGCAACAACAAAACCAUUACAACCAUCAACCCACGACGGUGCCUAGUUACGUGGACAACUACAUCAACGACAUAAGUCCGUCGUCGCAGUCUUUCGUCGCCGACCAGACGGCCAAACCAUCGUACUAUUACCAACAAGAGCACCAGCAUUACCACCCGUAUUACUAUCAGCACCUACAGAGUGGCGUUGGCGGCCACUGGCAGCUCAACGGCGGGUCCGUCAGCAGCACGUCGACCAGCACGACUUUACCGCCCACGUCGCAAAACAUGAUGUUCCACACCGAUCACGGGAACGUGUUUUAUUCUACGCACAAACCACCGCAACUGGCGCCGUUCUCUCACAUCACCCAAAUCGGCAGCGGCAUCGUUGCCGACGAUCAACUGCAACAGCAACAGCAGCAACAGCAACAGCAGCAACCGCAACAGCAACAGAGUCAACUGUUGCACUACAUGCCGUCCGGAUAUCGCGGUUGUGGAGAAUUAUAUGCAAGAAGCCAUAGAAUUGUGGGUGGACAUGGAUCAAACUUUGGUACACAUCCGUGGCAGGCCGCUAUCAUUAAGUCAGGGUUUUUGUCAAAAAAAUUGUCAUGUGGAGGUGCUCUUCUGAGUAAUCGAUGGGUAGUUACUGCUGCACAUUGCGUAGCCACCACGGCGAAUAAUAAUUUAAAAGUACGGCUCGGUGAAUGGGAUGUACGAGAUCAAUCGGAAAAGUAUGCACAUGAAGAAUUCAAUGUGGAGCGAAAAGAAGUACAUCCACAGUACAGUCCUACUGAUUUUCGUAAUGACGUCGCAUUAGUCAAAAUUGAUCAUGACGUAACAUAUAAACAACACAUUAUUCCAGUGUGUUUGCCAAGCUCAGCUGCCAAAUUGGUUGGUAAGACAGCGACAGUAGCUGGUUGGGGUCGUACUCGACAUGGAGUUGCAACAGUUCCUACGGUUUUACAAGAAGUGCAAGUCGAAGUGAUACCGAAUGAAAGGUGCCAAAGGUGGUUCCGGGCGGCUGGUCGAAGAGAAACGAUUCAUGAUGUGUUCCUGUGUGCGGGUUACAAAGAAGGCGGUCGAGACAGUUGUCAGGGCGAUUCUGGCGGUCCGUUGACAACGAUGCUGGAUGGACGGAAAACUCUAAUCGGAUUGGUCUCCUGGGGAAUCGGUUGCGGUCGUGAACAUUUACCUGGAGUAUACACCAAUGUACAGCGUUUCGUACCAUGGAUCGACAAAGUAAUGACGUAAUAGUAAUAAUAGAGUUUAUGAUGUUAUAUUAUGCAAAUAUAUUGAGCUAUUUAAUUUAAAUCUAUUUAAUGUUAUUAUAAAUUAUUCAUAUUUAUGAGUUGUUGUAAGCAGGUACAAUUUACCAUUGAGUUAAUUUAUUUAUUUAUAAAAUUAAACUUAUAAUCUAAGCAUACU